UUUUAUUGCCAUAUAUCUUUUUUAACCCUGUGAUUGUUCCCUUUGGCAUCAUUUUGAUUUCAGAUACAAUCUUUCUUUGGCAGCGUCCGCAUCUCGCUGUGAUUAAAGCAGUUUGCUGGAAAGAUGAUCAAAAAAAUUGAGAUUCUUGGUUUUGGCCAGACAUUAAGAGUAAACGCAGCCAAGCUCACUUGAUUGCUCAUUAGUCCGCGUUGUUAAAUGGUCACUCGCUUUGUUUCACGCGUUUUUGCCGUCUCGUGUAAUGAGUUGCCUAAUUGUUUUGUCAUCGGUAACAAAGGUUUUGUCACACACAUGCACGUCUUCAGCUCAAGCGAAACCUGCCGCUGCGCAUCCUUUGACUCUUCUUUAGUUGUUUUGAGAAAUCUAGUCUCUCAAAUGACUCUCUUGGUUUUGUUGAAAAUACUUCUGCACCUAUGAACUGGCCUUUCGUGCAAGUGGGUGAGUCACUGCUGCUGCUGCUGCUGGUGCUCACGAGUGUUGGAGUUGGUAAUGGUCAUGGUUAAGAUACCCUCCGGAAAAGUCCUGCCACUUAAUCUCAGGCUCAGGUCACUUUGCUUCUUGUAUAUACCAAAACAUUAAUUUUUUUCUCCCAGCCUUCCUCUGCUUCACGUAACAUUGUUUUGACCAGGCUGCACCAUGAUCGGGCUGCACCCUGUGGCUGACAACAAGGCAUUAUUUCAUAUCCUGGUACAUGGGAUUAAAUGGAGGAAAAGAACACAGAGGGGAUAAAUCAGGUCAGAGUUGAGGCACGAUUAGAUGAGCUGAGAUGUUUAGGGAAUACAUCAAGUUUAUUUUGUCUGGAAUUUCUAAAGUGAUUUGCGAGGCACAAUGAAUAUCACAGCCAGAAGGAAUUAUAUCUGCAACUAUGUAACGCACACAGUAGAGGACUUUAGCUAUAGUACUACAGCCUGCAAUGCAACUUACAUUAAUUAUUACUGUGGCGUUAUUGUUGUUUCCUUUUAAUGGGAUUGGCCAAAUUCUGCAUGACAAAGAUCUAAAAGUAUGAUGUCCAGAGCAACGAUUGCAUGUCUAAUGUCUAUAUGUCUAAUAACAUGGUGACAAUUCAGUUUAGCAACUAUAUGGUGUUAUUAAAAGCAAUAAAAUGCUGGUUUUUAAAGCUUGAUCGCACAGCUUUGAUGGGACUGUUUUGUUUUUACAUCCGCAAUCUGUGCAUCAAUCUUACUCUUAAAAAAAACAAAACUAAGUAUGCAGUUACUCAGUGGCUUCCACGCAUGUUUGACAUUUUGCAGUUCAUUUCUAUCAUUUUCACAGUAGGGUGUCCUUCUGGGAGAAGUACAAAGCUUUCAUGGUUUUUAUUUUUUUGGUUGUUGUGACUGUAGCUUUUAUUUUGGUAUGUGAGUGGACAAAAUGAUCAUCCUUGUAAACCUCUAGUUGUUUGAUUUCCUCUCCACUUCUCUCCCCUGUAAUCAUCGAUCCUCCUCCCCAUUCUGCUUGCACUGGGUCCUCUCCUCUCCUCCAUCUGGGGAGGAGGAGGAGGGAUUAUGUGACUCUGCUCAUGGUCUUCCAGCUUGCCUGAACCAACCAGUAGAUUACACCGCUUCCAAUUCUCAAAUACCCACUCACACCCACUCCCAGUAACUGGCUAACGGACUGCCCAUAUGAUAUGGAUAUGCUGUGACGUGUGCAGGCCAUUCAGGUUCUGUGUGUGUGUCUGGAUAUUAGUGGCUUGUACAGGAGAGCUGUGGAUGUCCUCACUGUCAGAGGUUAUAUUUCAUUUUUGUGUUUGUAUUAAAUAUAUUAUCUUCUGUUCUGUCAAACUAACUCAAAAUAUAUUUUAAAAAAUGAUCAAAAGACAGAGCUAAAGCUGAGAAAAGUAAGGGCUUUGACUUUAAGAAAAUUGCUCCUAAAACCUCCUUUUUGGCUGCUAAUGUCAAGUGUUUUGACAAGUUUAUAAGGGAAACAGAUUAACACGAUUUACAUCAGAACUGCUGAGCUUCAACAGAAUAAUAAGAUCAGCAAGUAAAUCAGCAAUAGAUUGCGGUGGGUGGUGGUGGGGGAUCAAUUAUAAAGAUGUUGCUCAUUAACAAGCCGAUGUUGCACCAUCUCAUUUGGUCUGUUUUGCUUCAAGAAAAAUAAGUUUUUGUUAUGUAGCCCAGAAACUCCACCAGAAUGUUAAUAAUCUCUUUUCUUCAUGCAUACAGAAAAGCGGCUUCAUAAACCAUCCCCGGCUAUAUGUGAAAUAUAGUCUGCUUUCAUAGAAAAGAAUGUUAAAUAUUUCAUCACCGAGGGCCACUGAAAGUGAAAUCAGUUCCACACGAGUGUGAAAUGUCAGCUGCCAUGACGGCCGGUGGGAGUGAUGUGACUGUUCUGCAUCUAUCGUGUUUCCAAAGAGAGAGUGCGACCUUCUCUUUGAGGACAAAGAGAAGGUCACGCAAGGAACAGAACAUGCUCUUUGUGCUUUCACGUCCAUGUUUUCCUGUUGAAGGCAGCGAUGCUCCUUUGUGGCAAUAGUCUGUGUGUGCACGGAAGGAUACGAGUGCUGCUCUGCGUGAUCAAUGUGGCGCCUGGGGACUUUUUCGCAUUAAGAAUGGAUGAAGUGUUGGUGACCACGUUCUCUGAAGACGAACAAAUCGCAUAUCAGUGACGACAGAUAGAAGACUUAAAGGGAAUCAUCCAUCCGUCUAUUCUCUUUGCUUUUCUCAGAACUGAUCCAAGUGUCUGAUUAAGUGGAUCGGCAGAUGCAAAGCACUAAUCUGGAUGUGUGUUAAAUUAGUAAUUAAUGCCUUUGAUGGGGAAUAUAGCAUCAAAUUAAAAGAAAUGUGUGCAGCAGUUGUUUUUAAUUGUGCAUUAGUCUCUCUUAAACAUUUUAGUAUUAAACUCUUGCAGCGAAUAAGAGCCUACAUGUCAACAAACUGAGGCUAUUAGAUGUGACAGAAAACAGCAGAGAUAUGGUAUAGUGUCAUGGCAAGAGGCUAGAGGGGAAAGCACUUCUUUCUCUUAUGCACACAGAGCACAUGACAGAGUAUGAAUCCAUUUAAAUUUUAAUACUGAUAUGAAAUAUCAAGAAUCAGUUCCAAGCUGGCAUCAACGCAGGAGUACAAAACUGCUGACGCCAAGGUUGGAAACACUAACAACAGUGUGGGAGGGGGCCCACAGAUUCUGUCUUCGGUCAUUUUCUUCCCACUGAAAUGACCUGAACUGCGGUGCUACGUAAUCAUUGAUUCUCAAACCUGUCGAAACAACACUGGCCACUUCCAUGAUGGGAUAAGAGGAUUCCUGUGUUCUGGAUCUAUCUGGCUGGGGCCUUUUUGUCUGCAAAGGCACCUUCAUCAAUUCAGUUAAGUUCAAUUCGGUUUUAUUUAUGUAGUACCAGCAGGAAUAGCCACUUCAAGGUGCUUGAUAUUGUAAGGUAAAGACCCUACAGUAAUACAGAGAAAACGCCAACAUUUAAACAAUGCCCUUUGAGCAAUCACUUGGCGACAGUGGGAAGGAAAAGGAAGGAAGGAAAUCUCCGAUAGGCUCAGGGAGGGGCCUAUCAGAUGGUCUGCUGUAACUGGCUGGUGGUGAUGUGAGGGCGUCAGGACAAAAGACACACUGCAGAAGACAGUCAAAGAUGAAUAAUAAGUAAAGAUUAAAUGGAGAGUAGUGUGUGAAGAGCAAAUGACCAUCAUCAGUCCCUGACAUCAUUGUCCAGCGGCACAACCCUGAUGUGAUGUUAUUGAGCUUUACGUGCUGGUAAUCAACUUUUUUGUAGCUGGAGCACGGCUAGGUGUUUGGUUAUACAUAAUAAAGGUGUCUGUCAUCUAAAUUGUGGCAUCUUGCUAGUACCUUGUCAAACAUAGUUAUUCAAACUUCGAAAUUAGUUUAGUGUAAGCCAUUUGUCUGCUUUGCAGCUUAGGAAAUUAAAACGCUUGUAUCUGAUGGUGUCAGUAGGUUCUUCCUGUCGAGUUGCUGUUGAGCAGUCGAACAGGUGUGCUUAAAAAAGUGGCUGCCUACUUUAAAUAAAUAUUGUUCCAUGUUCAUGUCUUUUGCAAAAGCUGUGCUUCUUUCUAAAAUCUAUUUCUGUUCCACUGUGGUAAACUGGUUUAAGUGCAGUAGCCAAUGUUGGAUAUUGGCCAUUGGCAAUUUUUUUUAUGACAGAUUAGCUUUGGAUUAAAUAUCUCCAUCACAAUGUAAUGUUUAUAGAUAUCUCCCUGCCUCUCCAGUCUCAUUUUAUGGUAUAACAUCAUAAAAUUCGCCAUGAAACGCAGCACGGUGAGUUGGUUAUAAAAGAUCAAGAGCAGGAAUGGUGAAUUUUUUUUCUGACACUUAAAUCUCAUUCAUUUCAAAUGGAGGAUUACUGAUGUCCUACUUUUCUCCUGCCUUUUGUGUUUGCUGUCACAUCCCUUCAAUUGCUCGGGAGGCUUACCUAUCGAGGAAGGUGACAGUGACUUGAGAAAUCCUCCAGCAUCGUAUCACCUUCAGUUCUCAGUAGUGAGAAAGUUGAGGGAGAGCGGAGCAGGCGUAAAGCAGCGUUCACGAGGGAAGCAACGACAACGAUGGCAGCGUCUGCGGCAGUGACUCCGCCUUCUACAAGCAGAGCGAAGGGCACAGUAUGGCAGAGACACUCACAGUCGCCUUGCGUGUUGCUGAGGAGGCUAUAGAGGAGGCCAUUGCUAAGGCAGAGGAGUUCAGUGACAGCUUGGAGAAACAGAAUGAGGCUCGGUAUCUGCGGGACCACAAAGAGGAGCUCAUAGAAGAACUCGCCACAACCAUUGUACAAAAAAUCAUCCAGAGAAGGAAGCGUUCAGAGAUGCAGACAGAGUAUGACUUUGUCUGGCCUCAGUCUCAGUCUCUGAUCCAGCCCAGUGAACUGCCCUCUCCUUCUCAGCCUCACACUUCAUCACAAGGACCACAAGACCCGCUCAAAACCUCCUACUCUCUCUAUCGGUUGCGGUCAGCGUUCUCUCUCACCAGUGACGACUCCCCAGAGAAGGGUCCAGAGGAGGAGGUAGCUGAGGCCGGUGGCGGCAACGACGGCUUGCAGGAAUACGCUUCUCUGAAAAGGGAGCCAAAGGCGGCCACAUCUUUACCCACCUGGAAGAGCAUGGAUCGCCUGGAUAACUCGAGUGCCUCUUCAGUGCUCCAGAGUCCAGACGGCAACUGGAUUGCCCUGCACAGUUCCCAGCUGUCUCGGCCCAGCCUGCUCACCAAGAGGAAGAGCCUGUUGUUCAGCGUGCUGGAAAAGGAGUCUGGCGUUGUCUCCGCUUACGACGAGAUGGGAUCUGACUCAGAGGAGGACGAUGAAGGUGGCUGGGGUGCAGCGCUGAGGCAGUUUCGCCGCAAACUGUCAGAUGAGACUUACUACACGGACUCCCAGCACGACCCCGAGUGGAUUUACACUCAGCAUCUCCCGGUCACCUCACCAUCCUCGGGGCAGUACACCAACACAGAGACUCUCAACUCAGACUCCGAGGCCUCGUCAGUGCUUUCUGCGUGUCCCCGUAAACCACCCCACAAUCUGAUGAGGAAGAAAGGACCACCGGAUACACACCUUCACCCUCAUCACCAGCCGCUGCAUCACCAACACCUUCAGCAGAACUUUUCUCCAUACCCAGUCCAAUCAGAGUCAUUGGAUGUGAACUUUAACCCUAAGGUGAUGGGAGACAGUAGCGAGGCAGAGGAGAGGCAAAGUGAUCCCGUCAGAAGAUCACGGCGACGCAGGAAGAGUAAGAGGGAGUCAUCAUCAGAGCAAAACAGGACUGGAGGCCAGAGCCAUCCACAGUCCGUCUACCCCUUAGCGCAGGAAAACAGUGGUAUUCUACUCCACGCCCUGCUGAAGAGGGGAUUAAGUGAGGAACAGCCAAAAUCUGACACUAUACCAGUGGCCACAGCUGCACCAGACGCCUUCAAAUUAGAUGCUACGACAACUGAGCCAGAGGACCUGGACACACUGGCGCCAAAUUCACCGGUCCCCAGCCCUUCUCAGCCCCCCUCCUUGACCCUGGGGCGAGAGCUCUCAUCCAGUAGCUCAGGGCCUGGAUCCACAACCAGAGAUCCCCUAGAAGGGGAGCUGCAGUCUAGACUUGGUCAGCUGGUCAUCAGUGCCAACAGCAAAGACAGCAGCUCAUCUGAGGAAGAGUGCACAAACUGGCCUGCAGACAGGCAGAUGGAUAAAGAAAGUGACAGACAGAGAGAGAAAUUGAAGCCAAAGGAAAGAGAGCGAGAGAGGCAGCGAGUGAGUGACAAAUCAAGAGAGAGAGCAAGCGAAGCAGUAGAACAAGUGAACGGACAAGAGAUUAAAAGAAGCGAGAAGCUAAUAAAGAGUCCCUCGGUGAGAGAAGACGGCAGAAGUCGGGAGAAGAGGUUUGAGAAGGCAUGCGAGAGUUUAGAUAUGAAAGUGGAAGACCAGGAACAAAAGAGAGGAGACAAAAGAGAGCCCAACAGGCAGAGUAAGAGACAACAUAAACGAGAUGCGGAGAAGGAAGCGGGACCGAAAGGGGGAGCGAGGAGCGGAUCCAGUGCAAGUUCGCCUGCUGUUACCCCUUCUUCCCACGAGGGGGCGCUGUCAAACAACCAGGUGGGACAGAAUGACUUGGAGCAACUUCAGAGGCUUCAGUUGCUCUCCUCUGUCUUACAGCAGAAGUGCUCAGCGGCUUCGCUCUGCAGCAUCACCACGGAGGUGCUAAAGGUUUUGAAUGCUACUGAGGACCUGAUUGGUGAGGCGGGAGGCGAGAGCUACACCCCUUCUGAGUCUAUGAGUGCUUCUCCCAUAUCCAGCAGCUCUGAGACCCGCAGGUUGGACCAGAGGCUUACCAAAAUGGAGGAGAAUGUUUAUCUUGCUGCUGGUGCGGUGUAUGGCCUCGAGGGAGCACUGGGAGACCUAGAGCACUGCGCCCGCAGUAUUAGCAGUGGGACGACAGACCAAGAGCUGGCCUUCCUGGAAGAUCAAGUGGCUACCGCGGCUGCUCAAGUCCAGCAGUCUGAACUGCAGAUAUCAAACAUUGAGGCAAGAAUAUCAGCUCUGAAAACGGCUGGGCUGAACGUGACUGUCUGCAAUCGCUUCUCCAAGCUCAAGCCAAAGUCUAAGCCUCAAACCCUGGACUCAUCACGCCAUCAGAGGAGGAAGCUUCCAGCGCCUCCACUAAAAGAGAAGUUGGAGCCAGAGCAGCAGGUUAAAGUAUUUCGGCCAUAGUGACAGUCAACAGCACAAUGAGUCCCUCAGGGCUAUUUUCAAGCCCCAGGGACAGGGGCUCUUCACAUCCAGUGCCUUGACCCAGCAUCUGCCUCUAGCUCCAGGCCAAGCAGGGGCCACCACCUGCCCUGUGUAACCCAACUCAGCACUCAUUCCUCACACAAGCUCAGUACCCAUCAGUUAAAGAGAUCAAAGAAGACAUCGCUGGAUCUUUCUCUUUUAACAAGAUCUAUUUCAUGCUGUUUUUCCUCUUUACUGCACACACAUAGACUCACACACACACACACAGAAAUAUGUUAUUUAACAGUCGGUUUCUCUGCCUUAAGAUCUGCAAACACUCCUCAUAAACCGACUUAAAAGAAUAUAUAUGUACAGAUAAAGAAAAACUCAGUUUUCUAUCUGUUUGCAAGAGUGUUGUGAAUUAAUGUGCAAUGAAGCUGUGGAAAAUCAUAAGAAAAUUUGUGUGAUUCAGUGUCCUGAAAAGAGGCUGAGCCAUGUUUUAUACUGCAUCGUCUUUGUCACCAUGAACCAAGAAAUGUUACGGGGGAUUUAUUCAAACUGUUUUGUUUUUUUGAUGAUUGUCAAUAUCCACCCGCAUAUAGCUAUCAGAUGGUAAUCACCAAAUGGGGAUGAUUGUAACCUUCAAUAUUUUAUUGAUUUAUACAAAUCACAAGCAGACCAGAAAAGAGUUGGAAAAAAAGAGCUGUUUAGAUGUUCAAAGUAUCACGUCACCAGUGUUUUGGUUUUGUUUGGGGGAGGUUUUGUCCGUUGCACCAUGUGCUUGAUGACUAUAAAGGAAUAGCACAUUGAGAAACUGUAGCUGAGAAGAAAUUAAGCUAGUUAAAAGACCAGGUCAACAUGUUGGAAAUAUAAUCAUUUAAUUUCUUGCUGUGACCUAAGUAACUUAGUCCAGCCACUGUCAAGGCAAACUGUCAAACUUGUAUCAAGAAAAAAAGAGAGGUCAAAUUGAGAAAUGGGCAGCUAAUGAUAAUCCGAAACCGAAGGGAGCUGGACAGAACCAAGCUCGCCGCUUCCUCCUUUUUUAGUCUCUCAGCUAAGCUAAGCUAAGCAUCCAUUUGCCAUGCUGACAUUUCACUGGUGAGGAGUGUGUAAAUUUAUUUAGGAAAGAAAAAGCUGAUUUGUAGAUACAUUCACAUAUUGGAAAUUGUGGGUUACAACAUUUAAAUAGAUCAAAAUU